GUCGUGUAUGAGAUCGUACUCACACAUAAGUGGAUCACCGCGCCCCUCCCCCCCCUCACAUCGGUAAUCGGAUUCCUCGUAAUCCACAGGUGACAGCUUCAUCCCGCCGCUCGGGGCUCCCAUACCUCUCCGUGCAAUGGACCGAGGCAAGAUGAGCCGCAAACAGCGAGGAGGGCCUGCCUACCCCACCUACCCUGAGCCGACCGGACACCCGGGAGAGGACGGGGACAAAAAGUUCUCCAAGUUUCAAAUAAACAAACUCAGAAACUUGACUGAUGAUGUGUUGGACAGAUUUUCCAGCAUUCGAAUUCCUGGAAGUAGAAAAGACCGGCCUAAUUUGAACAACAUAAAGAACUACAACACUUCUGCUGACUGGUCUACAUCAUCUGAGCAUGAUGACUUUCCUCCUAAGCAGCUGUCUGAUAAAGAAGUCCUGGCUCUGUUUGAAAAAAUGAUGGAGGAUAUGAAUUUAAAUGAAGAUCGAAAAGCACCAUUACGGGAGAAGGACAUUGCAACCAAGAAAGAGAUGGUCACGCAGUACAUCAGCACCGCUUCACAAGCCGGUAGCCUAAAAAGCAGCAGACAGAUCUCACCACAGGAAUUCAUUCAUGAAUUGAAAACGGGCUCUACAGAUGAAAGGCUCGUCUCUUACUUAGACUCCCUUCGAGUCUCCCUGACCAGCAAUCCUGUCAGGUGUUUGCUUAUAUGUGGUAUCGAUGAGGAGAAGUCAGGCUGA